AUGUAACCGAUGGCUGUGACAUCUAGGUUUUAGUUACACGGCGAGAGACGAGUGCUACGCAACCAGUCAAGAAGAUGUCGCUCGAGACCUGUACUCGUUCCUGCAGCAGUUCCUCAUAAUGUUCCCCGAACAGCGGAACAGACAGCUGUACAUCAUGGGCGAGUCCUACGGCGGGAAAUACGCGGCGUCUUUGGCCCACAAGAUCACGGUGGAAAACGGGGUGUUGCCUCCGGAGCACAAGAUCAACUUGAAGGGAAUAGGGAUCGGGAACGGGUUUUGCGAUCCCAUCAACAUGAUCCAUUGGGGAGACUUCCUCUUCACCAUCGGCAUGGCGGGUUACGAGGAGAGAGACAGGUUCAGGGAACUCGCCCAGGCUGCCAGGCAGCAGAUCAAGAAAGAAAAAUGGACCCUGGCAGCCAGGUUGAUAGACACCAUUCUUGGAGGAGUGAUGACACCAGGACACACCUCCAUGUUCACCAAUGUCACUGCCUACAACUAUUACUUCAACUUCAGACUGCCAGUGGAACCCAAGGAGUUCACCUACUAUUUUCAGUUCCUGGAUCUGAUACCAGUCAGAGAGGCCAUUCAUGUUGGCAAAACUGUGUAUCACAAUUCCAGAAAGGUGCAAACCAAAAUAUUUCCUGACAUGGGACGCUCAGUCAAGAAUAAGAUUGAAAAUCUCCUGAACAAAGGUCUAAAGGUGUUGGUGUACAAUGGGAUGCUGGAUAUAGCAGUGGCCUACCCCCUCACUGAGAGCUUUGUGGAUAACUUGGAGUGGGAACACAAGGAAGGUUUUGACGCUGCCCCCAGAUGGCAGUGGAAGUUUGGGGCAGAGAUGGCAGGAUAUGUCAAAGAGCACAAGAACUUGGGUCUUGUCCUUGUUCGUAAUGCUGGUCACCUCGUGCCCUUUGAUCAGCCUGUUCUUGGAUUUGACCUUGUCAACCGGUUCACUUCUUCCAAAAUGUUUUGAAAAAAGAAUGAAAAACAUCCAUAUACAGUAUAUUGACAAAUUUGGAUUUCUUCUAUGUUUGGCUUUGGGAAUCUUAUUAAGUACACUUAUGGGGGAUUUAGGCAUGGAAUAAUUGUAAAAGAACAAACAUUAUUUUGCUGAUUUCUUUCUGCUGUUCAUGACCUGCUUGAUGAAGGUUUGCCUGAUGUGACAUACAUGUAAUCAAUAUAUAGAUCUAUAUGGAUGUCAAUGAUAGUAAAAAAGUUGAAUCUUGUAUCUCUCUUCAAGUCUGCAUAUAGAAAAGGAAUAAAUUAACUUCAGGUUCAACAUUUUUUUUGAGAGAAAAUUCUUUGCAAAAAUCAUUUUUGAUGCUCAAUUAACUACUGUGCUUAAUUCAAGAGGACUGAUCAGUUUUAAACCCAGAUAUAUAAAAUACUGAGCCAAUACUUGUUGCAGGACUGUAGUUUCUGAUUCAUCAUUAAAAUUCUUGGAGGUAUUCUUCAAAGAAUUACUGAAUUUUGUUGUUGCAAAUUUGUCCAACAUUGUGAGCUAUGAUGGAUGCCUUCACCUAUAAUAAUGCAGUGCUGCCCAAAUCAGAUAGUGAAGUCAAGGGCCAUACUACAGAGAUGGAGACAAGUUCUCAGGGCGCAAGAGACAAUAAUUCAUGUCCAAAAUAUUCCCCUUCUAUAUGAGAAGUUUCAAGUUUUAAUUUAUAGUAACCUUUUAGAGUUUUUGAAGAUGGUUGUCAAUUGUUCAUCUUGCAAUAUACUUUUGAAUGGUAUGGGUCUGCCACUUAGAAAAUUAAAGGCAAGGAACUGAAAGGGAAAAGGAUGAGUCUCUUGCAGGGCAGAUAUGGCCCAUAUGUUAUGCAACAAUGAUUCAAAGGACCAUCAAUAGCUGAGUCACCUUUUAAAAAAUGAAUGAAUGUUUGGAGUCACAGAAGCAAAAACUCCUCAAUCUGGAUUUGUUUCAUGCAGGAAUGACCAACUUUAUAACCAAGAAUGAUUUGUCUUCUUUUUUUUCAGGAAAAUAUUGGAUAAAAGAUAAAACUUUGUUGACACAUG